CACACACACACACACCUAUAUAUAUACUGUCUGUCUUAACUUGUAAACCUGUUGUCGUUGUGAUUAUUGUUGCUCUGGUCGAAGUUUUUUUUCCCCUCUAACAGUAUUAUUCGACUGUUGAACUAAUAACAUAACCUAUUAAACAGGCAGUCAUCGAUAACAACAGCAUAAACAGAAAUAUAACACACACAUACAGAGACACACGUAAAAGAAAUAGAUACGACAGAAACAAAGAUAACAACAAAUUAGAAAUUAGGAUAUUUACAUAUAUCUAUAUAUAUAUCGACACAUGUGGUUAUUCCAUUGAGACAUACGUUACGGGUGAUCAAGCAUGCAAUAAAGGAAAAUUACAAUAAUGCGCACACUGAGGAGAGACAGGAUGUGAUGUUUAAGGAAUUUUACAGAGCAUAUUAUUUAAUUGAUAAAUGGGGUAGCUUCUGUGAGCUACUGGUGCAGAUAAGACGUAAAAAGUUGAAUAUAGAGAAAUUCAUAUAACAUAAAGAAGAAAAAAGACCAAGAAAUCUAAUAAUUGGGAAACGGAAGACAAGAUGGCGACGUUACCGAAACUGAAAGAAAUUGAUUCCCUAAAGGAUCUUCGGGAAGCAAUUACGAUGCUAACAGAUCUUGGUUUGAGUCUUGGUGGACUGACUUCUUUAGAAAAUGCCAAAGAAAGGCUUCGCUUUUACAUAAAUAAUCCUAAUAAAUCAAGCGACAAAAGUAUGGACUUGGAUAUUGUUAAAGAAGAUGUAGCAAAGAGAAAUAUUUUACUGAAGAAAUAUCAGGAAACGAGAGCUUACCUAGAGAAGUUACCAAGCAAUAUCAAAUCAGAUUUACAUGAACUGUUUCCAAAUUUUCAAGAUACUUUAGAAAGACACAUAUUUGACCUAAGACAGCGAGAGUGUCUCAUCAUGUUGGCAGGAGAGACUGGAUCCGGAAAAAGCAGUCUUAUCAACAUGAUACUCAAACACAAAGUUUUACCUGUCAGUCCUCUUUGUUGCACGGCAUGCUUCUGUGAGAUCCGUAGGAGCCAAAACAAUUCUAAAUAUGCUAAAGUGCACUUCAAAGAUAGCAGUAAGUCACCACUUCAAAUUGACCUAAAUACUAAUGAAGGUUUGAAGCAACUUGCUGAUUAUGUACAAUUGCCAAAUGAUCCAGAUGUUGACUGUGAAAGUUCAAUUGUGAAAAUAUUUUGGCCCUCGAAUGUACUUAAGGAAGGUGUAGUUUUGGUCGAUACCCCUGGAAUUGGAGAGAACACAGAGAUGAUAUCGUAUUUGGCAUCUUACAUGUCGAAAGCAUUUGGUUUUAUUUAUGUCAUCAAUGCUGCAAGUGCUGGUGGAGUUCAAAAAGACAGGCUGUCAAGAUUGUUAAGGGUUAUCAAUGAAGGUAGCUCGGAAGUGGAAUAUCUCACAGAAGCAACUAUUUUCGUCAGCAACAAAUGGGAAUCGAUUCCGGUCAGUGAAAAGCAAGAAGUUCGAGAAGACACGUUACAUAAGCUUCGCAAAUUUUAUCCCAAUCUACAGGAUGAACAGCUCAUUUGUCUUUCCAUCAGCAAUCUUAUCAAGUUACAAGACGAACAACCACCAGCUGAACUACAGCUUUUCUAUACAGCCAUGAAAACAUUAAUUCCAGCUACAAUGAAAAACAAAAUCCUUAGAAGUUACAAAUGGCUGAGCAGUCUUUUGAAGAGAUCAGUAUAUUCAUUAAAAGUUAAAACUCAUGCUGGAAAUCGUAAUUUAGUCAACAAAUCUGAACUAUAUUCUACAUUGCGAAGACAGAUUUCAACAUUAGAAAAAAAAUCUAUCGCUUUUAUUAAUGAGAUGCGAAGUCAAAUACAACAGGAGCUGGCCAUAAUCAAAUCUGAAUUUAUUUCGUAUCUGAAAAGUGAAGCGGUAAAAACAGAACUUACUAAAUGGAGUUCAUCUACUACUUUAUCUUCUACUGCAAGCCAUUGGCGGGAACUUGGUCAGCAAACUAUUGAUUUGGUUGGUGCUAAAAUCAUGAGUUUGAUCAAUGACUGGGAAAUCGAACAAAACAUUGUAAACAGCUUAAACACUCGUAUGGUGGAAAAAUUCAAGGAUCGUUUUGACGAUUUGGAAAUGCAGAUAUAUAAUGUUGAAAGUACAUUAGCUGGAGACAAAGAGGCGAGGAAGUUGCAGCAGUCUUUGAAGAAACCUUUCAAGCCAAAAGGAAUCACUAAUAUAUUUCAAAGAGGGGGUGAGCACAACUCUCAAGCUUACACUGCCAUUAUUGGAUUUAAUAUCAGUUCCUUAGGGCAUGUGUCUCUUGAGAAAAAAGAUAUAAAAAAAAAAUUAAAGUCAAUAUUAGGUUCAUCAAAACCUAAAACCAAAGAACUAUUACAAGACGUUUCUAAAUAUUAUGUCAUUAGUAUUGUGGAACAUGAGAAGCUACAAAAUACACUGGCCAAGUUUUUCAACAAAGUCUUUAGAGAUAUUGACAUGCUUGGUUCCAGACUCCCUGAAUUCCUCAAAGCUGAUCAGGCUUUAUUGGAUAAUAUAGAACGAGAAUUUAUGAAGAAUGAACAGAACUUUUCAGAACGGUUGCCAGACUUCAUCACAGAAUGUAACAGACUCCAAGGAAGCCUCGACAUGUUCUACGUGAAAGAAUUAUUUGUUCCUGAUAUUGACCUAAAGCAAAUUGAAAUGAUGCCUGGUGAACCACCACUUGGAACGGGAAGUUUUGCAACUGUGUAUUUCUGUCAGCUAAGAAUAAAUAAUACUGCCAAAAAAGCUGCAGUGAAAGCAUGGUCUGAGAGGCUGAGUACUGCUAAUGUAUCUGAUACGCUUCUAGAAGACAGUAUCCUCAGAGAAAUCAAACACAAAAAUAUUAUUCAUUAUUAUGGUUCUAACUAUCGCAAACUUCAAGAUGGUUCGUUGCAGUGGUUGAUGAUUUUAGAAUAUUGUCAUACAACUCUAAAAAGUAUCUUCGUAAGAGACGAUGAUAAAUACCAAGUGAAUCCAGGGAAAUAUUCAAUUCCAGAGAAGCAGAAAAAAGUGAUGAAACAUCUUUGCCAUUACGUUCAACAACUGUGUGAAGCAAUUGCAUACUUACACCACAAAAACUUGGUCCAUCGUGAUCUGAAAAUGGAAAACAUUUUAGUAACAGAAGAAAACAUCAUAAAGCUUAUUGAUGUUGGUCUUUCUAAACUCGAACGUGAUAUUGCUGGAUCAAUUGCAGGAAGUCCUUGUUUUAUGGCCCCAGAAAUCUUUGAAAGGAAAUUCAUCUAUGGUAAAAAAGCCGACAUCUAUAGUUUGUCUAUUAUACUAUGGGAAAUGUGGUACGGAAUGGAUGUGGUUACAUAUAUAAAGCCACUUAUCCAGAAAGGAAUCGAAGAAUCUGUAAAGAGUGGACUUCGACCAUCUUUCCAAUUGGCCGAAAAACCUCCAGACGAUUACAAAACUUUGGUGCAGAAAUGCUGGAACGCAGACCCUAAAAUGCGACCCAGUAUUGAAGAAUGUGCUGCUUUUUUUAAAAAAUGGCCCUGAAAUUAUGUUCUCCUUCAUUUCACAUAUAACUGCCAUCAUUAUCAUCAUCAGCAUCAUUACCAUCAUUAUCAUCAUCUAGGAGAACCGUUAGAGCAUCAGACAAAAUAUAUAGUAGUAUUUUGUCACAGAUCUUUAAAUUUUGAAUUCAAAUCCUGACGAGAUCAGCUUUGCCUCUCAUUCUUUCAGGAUCAAUAAAAUAAAAUACCACCCAAAUACUGGGCUUGACUGAAUUGAGGAAAAAACCCCAUCCUUAAAAAUUGCUGGCCUUGUGCUAAAAUUUGAAAAUUAUUAUUGUUAUUAUUAUUAUUAUUAGUAGUAGUAGUAGUAGUAGUAGUAGUAGUAGUAGUAGUAGUAGUAGUAGAUAUAAUAUCAUUAUUAUAUUAUUGUUGGAGUUCAAAUUCCGCCAAGGUUGACCUUACCUUUCAUCCUUUCGAGAUCGAUAAAAUAAGUACCAGUUGACUACUGGGGGUCAAUGAAAUUGACUUACCUCCUCCCCUCGAAAUUGUUGGCCUUGUGCCAAAAUUUAAAGCCAUUCUUCUUCUUAUUAUUAUUAUUAUUAUUAUUAUUAUCAUUAUCGUUAAGGCAGUGAGCUGGCAGAAUGGUAAGUCCGCUGGACGAAAAGCUUAGCAGCAUUUCACCUGUUGCUACGUUCUGAGUUCAAAUUCUGCCAAUAUCAACUUUGCCUUUCAUCCUUUCGGGGUCAAUAAUUUAAUUACCAGUGAAACACUGGAGUCAAUGUAAUCGACUAGUCCCCUCUCCCCAAAUUUCAGGCCUUGUGCCUUUAGUCAAAAGGAUUAUUAUUAUUAUUAUUAUUAUUAUUAUUACUAUUAUGGCAGUGAGCUGACAGAACUGUUAGUACAUCGAACAAAAUUCUUAGCAGCAUUUCUUCUGUCUCUUUGCAUUCUGAGUUCAAAUUCCAUUAAGGACGAUUUUGCUUUUCAUUCUUUCAGGGUUGAUUAAAAUAAGUACCUGCUGAACACUGGGGUUGAUGUAAUCAACUUACCUCUUCUCCCAAAACUCCAGGCCAUAUGCCUAUAGCAGAAAGGGUUAUUAUUAUCAUUAUUAAUUAGUUGUCUUUCUGUAAUUAAUUAGGUGUCUUUCAAUGUACUACCAUGUGCAGCACCGUGUGCCUUGGGUAUAGACAAGUGAUUUGUUUUGCAAUUUUUCUUUUAUUGAAUUGAAACUACUCUGUAAUAUGUGUGCAGUGCCAAACAGUGCUAUUUUCUGUGUUAUCCCUUUUUUAUGUCUUAGACAUUUUUCUAAAGUGUGCUUAACUAAAGUGUGCUUAACUAAAGUGUGAAUUGAGAGAGGUUUGGCUGCUAUUUCUUGCAGAUCUAGCAACCAUCUAAACCAGUGGUUCUCAACUAGGGUCCGUACAUAUGACCUUUGGGAUCGAUAUAAGAUUUUUUUUGCAUGUGCAAUAAAUUGGUCAUACUUUUUUACAAUACACAAAAUGCUUUAACAAUCUUUUUUUUAUACAUUUCCUAAUAAUAUUUAAUUAUAAAAAUAUAGCAAGAUUUUUAAACAUUGUAUGGCUAUGAGGAUCCACCUGAGGAAAAUAGGAUCACCUGGGUCCAUUAGUAAAAAAUGGUAGCAAACCAAUGAUCUAAAUACUCCCUCACUGGCUUGUUGUCCUUGUGUAUUUUAUAAAGGUAGAUUUCUGACCCAAACUCAAUAACCCUCUUGAGAAAAAAUGCACCACACAGGCCCUGGAUGCCAACGAAAUUUUUAUCAAUUUAAAUUUCACUUUGACCGUUGUUUCAGUUCAACACUAAUGAUAACACACAAGACUUUGAUGUUUGGGGUGGUGGUCCUCUACUCCAUCAAGUUUUGAGGCUCUGGAAAACAUAUAUCUUAUGGUUUGGGGGGAUUGUUUUAUUUUCAUAUGGUUUUCACUAAAUUUUAACGCUAAUACUGAUAUUAAAAAAAAAAUGAAAAAAAAAAAAUAAGAGAUAUUUCAUAUAUUUUUGGAAAUGAUUAAUAAACAAAGUCCCGGUCUGAUUUAUAUGAUUUUUGUGGGAGUGUGUUGCAAUACAGGUAAGAUUUAAUAUCUAAGUGGGUGCUAAUCUGUCUAUAAACGGAAAAUGAUUCGAUGAUAUCCAAAGUGUUUUAUAAAUGAAUAAAAUAUUUAUUCUUACGAAAA